UAGUCUACUACCUUAUAAGACUAAAUUCUCAUAACCAAGACAUGAAAACACCAUUGCUUUGUUGCCUAUGCUUUAUUGUAAGCUUGAGUUUCUUGGCAUACUCUACAUGCAGUGAAUUCUCCUUCAACCUAAAACAUAGAAAUCUUGAGAUUUUGCAGGAAGAGAAGCAAACAAGAAAUACAAGUUGGAGAAUCGAAGGAUUACAAGGUUCCACGGACUUUAAUAAUAAAAAUAAGGUAGAAACAGUGGAUCAUGGCAAAAGAGGAGCAUACGGCGGAUCUGACCUUCUCCGGAAGCCUGCUGAUAAAUCCGACGGCGGACGUAAUUGCACAUCAUUUCCAAAUCUCUUUCACAUAUUAGCAAGCAUUACCAUAGCAUUACUUGCUUUAUACUUCUGGUAUAUUGAGUGACAGAAGGAUACACGAAUUGUACUAUCUUUAUUC